AUGAAUCCGGAGAGGAUUCCCCUGGUUCAUCGGGAGGCUCACUCCGGGCUCACUAUUUUUUUCGCGACACUCUGCAUCGUUGAUAUCUUCGGGGUGUUUCCGAUUAUUGCGCUGCCACGUGCUAUCGUUCAAUGCGGUCUUUUGGGAAUUCCUCUCGUUAUUGUCGUCGUUUUCUUCCAAAUUUAUACUGCUGCUCUUCUCGGGGAAUGCUGGGUCAUUGCGGCUUCGCUGGACCCUCAGAUUCUGAGGAAAAAUAGAAAUCCUUUGGCUGCUGUAACUGAAAUGACUCUGGGGCCGAGGGCGAGGACUUGGAUUAAUAUCCUGUUGGACCUGACUAUUUUCGGAUGCGGGAUACCGAAUUUAUUAGUCGCAUCCCAAAAUUUACAACUCUUCGGUCUCAAAGUGUCGGAGAAUCAAUUCGACCUUUCCUUCUGCUACUGGCUCCUGGUGGUUGGGGUGUUACUGUGUCCCUUGAUGUGGCUGGGAAGUCCCCGAGACAUGAAAUCCCUGGCAAUUUGCUCAACAUUCGCUGUAUGUCUGACUGCUAUUCUGGUCUGGUGGUGCAUUCUCCUCGACGACAGGACCCUCGAUGCCGACCCAGUCCCAACAUCUCCCACCUGGGACAAGUUCAUUUCCGGAUAUGGAAUGCUGGCUUUUCAAUUUGACGUUCAUCCUACGUUGAUGACUGUUCAAGUCGACAUGAAGCAGCCGAAGGAUAUAAAUAAAGCUGUCGUUCUGUCGUUCUUAUUCAGCGGUGCGUUGUUCGGAAUAACAACGUCCCUAGCUGUCUGGAAAUACGGUGGAAGCACGACAGCAAAUAUCCUCCAGAUAGCACCAGCUGGUGGUGUCAGCAGAGCUGCAAUUCUCGUUUCAGCAAUUCAACUGAUAUUCUCCAGUGUCAUAGGCCAUGCAGCAAUGUUCCUGCAUCUGGAGGACGAGCUCCACGUGCGAAGGACAUUCGGAUGGAAGCGUUGCGCGAUGCGUUCGGCGGUGGUGUUCCUGGGAGUGGCAGUGGGCGAGUCAGUCCCUCGUUUCGACAUAGUGAUGUCGUUGAUCGGUGGAAGCUUGACAGGACCUCUGGUCUUCGUCCUCCCCCCGAUAAUGUACGCGCGUGCACGAGCCCUGAAAGCUCAAUCCCGGGGUAGUCCUCAAGCUCGAGAGGUGGUGUCGCCAGCUCAACGUCUCAAAGGGGACGUUCCCCUCGUCGACCCAAAAAUCCACUCUCAGUCGACUUACUACGGGUUCAAGGACGAGAAGAAUCAGCAGCGCUACUCCUACGUCUACUUCGAUAACGAGGACGACGACGAAGAUUUGUUAUCAGACGUCGACGCUGACGAUGACGGGGAGGGAGUCCAGAUGGUGGAGAAAAACGUCGAGAUCACUCCGGUCAUCGUUGACCCGACGAAACCCGGACGAUUGCGACGAAAGGCUGUCGUCAGACCCUCGGACAUCGAAAUCGAUAGCAAAAUUCGGGGGAAUGCUCAUCUCGAAAGACUGAUAAAUUGCCUCGGGUAUUUAGUCGUUGUCAUUGGCAUUCUCAUCACUAUCUCGUCGACUUAUAUUAAUAUCAAGAAUACCAUUCGUUUCGUCAAUUUCACACCGCCCUGCAUUAUCAAUGCCGCUGCUGCUGGGAACGCCAGCAACGCAGGGGGAGGAUAA